AAGAGAGAGAGGUGCAGGUUAUGAAACGUGAGCCCCUUGUUCACGUUAGAAAGAAUCAUCAAUGGGUUGAACGUCCUCCCCUCCCCAAACCUCAAGUACGAUCGUUAGGAGAGAGAAAACUAAGAAAAAGCCAUGUCAGAGAAAGAAAUGGAUUCAGGAUUUCUUCGUUACGUGAAUCUAGGGUUUCUACAGAUUGAAUCUUCAAAGCCUAUUUGUAUUUCGAUUCAAAUGUGAAAAAGACUAGGGCCAAUACAAAUUUCUCUUCAAGACUCGAAUUCAAAGCUUCGGUGAGAAUUCGGGCUUUGUUGCUCACCAAUUCGCUACGAAUAGAACAACAAAUCCAUUUUCAGUGGAUCUCUUGGCCGCAACUUUGACAUUCAGACAAAGUAUUUGAUUCAAUUAAAUGGAAGAAGACGAGGAAGAUAGAGUUCUGUUAAGCAGUUUGGGUAUCACAUCUGCAAAUCCUGAAGAUAUUGAACGAGACGUAUUAGCAGAGGCAAGAAAUAAUGCUGGGGAAAUUAGCGAAGCAGGUGGAAGCACGGAGGAGGAACUUCUUGGCAGUUCAAAAAACAAUGAAUUGUUGUCUACCAGCCAUGCUGACGUCUAUAAUAAAUUAAGGGCUGUAGAAUUUGAAAUAGAUGCUGUUGCAUCUAGUGUUGAACAGGUCAAGAACCUUGCAAGAAAUGAAAAUCAUGUCUCCGAUGGUUAUGAUGGUGAGGAACAAGGAGAUAAAGAGGAUGAACGGAGCAUUUUACAGUCUUCUUGUAAUGAUCUAACCCUACAGCAUGCCCUAGCCACUGAUAGACUAAGAAGCCUGAAGAAAACAAAGGCUCAACUCGAGAAAGAAAUCUCAAAUUUGUGCAAGGAUGACCCUUCCAAAUGUAGUAAGCAUGACAAAUUGAUACAAGAUCUUGUUAAGGAAGAGCGAAGGCCAAAGUCAAAGUUGAAAGAACUUCAGAAAUCAAGCAAGAAUCCAAAGAAGCGGCAGAAAAUAGUUUCAUUUGAUGAAGAUGGUGAUUUUGAUGAAGUUUUAAAUACAGCAUCUGCUGGAUUUGUUGAAACAGAAAGGGAUGAGUUAGUUCGGAAAGGAAUUUUAACCCCCUUUCAUAAGCUUAAGGGCUUUGAGCGUCGUAUUCAACAGCCAGGGCCCUCUAAUAGGGACAAUGUACUUGAGGAAGAAGACAAGACUGAUGAUCUUGCUUCCACCAGUAUAGCUAAAGCUGUCCGGUCUUUAUCAGAGGCUGCUCAAGCUCGUCCAACAACCAAGCUGCUCAAUUCGGAAUCCCUGCCAAAACUUGAAGCACCCACUCGACCUUUUCGAAGACUAAAAACUCCGCUGAAGAUCCCUCGAUCACCAGAAAGUGAGACAGGGAAGAACAAAGGGACAUUACAGAAAAAGAGAAGGCCAUUACCUGGGAAGAAAUGGAGAAAGUUAGCUUCUCGUGAGGGAGAACCUUUAGAAGAAUCAGAUGCAAAGGGUGAUGUGGUGACCUGUAGUAAUGAAGAAGAAGACCAAGAAGAUGGCGAAGAUGUGGAUGCUCCUGAAGCUUCUUUUGUGACACUUGAAGGUGGGCUGAAAAUCCCAGAAACCAUUUUCAGCAAACUUUUUGACUAUCAAAAGGUGGGGGUUCAGUGGUUAUGGGAACUUCAUUGUCAAAGAGCAGGUGGAAUCAUUGGAGAUGAGAUGGGUCUUGGGAAAACCAUCCAGGUUUUAUCUUUUCUUGGUGCAUUGCAUUUCAGUAAUAUGUACAAACCAAGCAUAAUUAUCUGCCCUGUUACACUCUUGCGUCAAUGGAGGAGGGAAGCACAAAAGUGGUAUCCAAGCUUCCAUGUGGAGAUACUUCAUGAUUCAGCUCAGGAUCCAUCUAGUAGAAAGAAGCGAGCCGAAUCCCACGAAAGUGAUUAUGAAAGUGAAGAACUGCUUGGCAGUGACAAUGAAGAAAAUUUAUCUACUCAAAACACCAAAAAAUGGGGUUCCUUGAUAAAUGGUGUUUUGAGAUCACAAUCUGGGUUGCUGAUUACCACUUACGAGCAACUCCGUUUGCACGGGGAAAAACUUCUUGACAUUGAAUGGGGUUAUGCAGUACUAGAUGAAGGACACCGAAUUCGGAAUCCAAAUGCCGAAAUUACUUUAGUUUGCAAGCAGCUGCAGACAGUUCACCGCAUAAUAAUGACUGGUGCUCCGAUUCAAAACAAGCUUGCUGAAUUGUGGUCUUUGUUUGAUUUUGUUUUCCCUGGAAAGUUGGGUGUCUUGCCUGUAUUCGAGUCUGAAUUUGCAGUCCCCAUAUCUGUCGGUGGCUAUGCUAAUGCUUCACCCUUACAAGUAUCCACAGCAUACAGGUGUGCAGUAGUUCUACGUGACUUGAUCAUGCCUUACCUGCUCCGGAGAAUGAAGUCUGAUGUUAAUGCCCAUCUUACAAAGAAGACUGAACAUGUCCUCUUUUGCAGCCUUACGGCAGAGCAGCGAUCAGUGUACCGAGCAUUUCUUGCUAGUUCUGAUGUGGAACAGAUCUUUGAUGGAAACAGGAACUCCCUGUUUGGGAUUGACGUGAUGCGUAAAAUUUGCAACCACCCUGAUCUGCUCGAGAGAGAACAUUCUUUCCAGAAUCCGGACUAUGGGAAUCCGGAACGCAGUGGAAAAAUGAAAGUCAUUGCCCAAGUGCUUAAGGUGUGGAAGGAACAAGGUCACCGUGUUCUUCUUUUUUCACAAACUCAACAAAUGCUUGAUAUUGUCGAGAAUUUUCUGACUGUUGGUGAGUAUAAUUACCGGAGAAUGGAUGGUAGGACUCCUAUAAGACAGAGAAUGGCCUUGAUAGAUGAAUUUAAUCACUCAGAUGAUAUUUUCAUCUUCAUUUUAACUACAAAAGUCGGUGGUUUGGGUACAAAUUUAACUGGCGCAAACAGGGUGAUAAUCUUUGAUCCUGAUUGGAACCCUUCCACUGACAUGCAGGCUAGGGAGCGUGCUUGGCGUAUUGGUCAGACUAAGGAUGUAACAAUUUAUAGAUUGAUUACUCGUGGAACAAUAGAAGAAAAGGUUUAUCACCGUCAAAUUUACAAACACUUUCUCACCAAUAAAAUAUUGAAGAAUCCACAGCAGCGAAGGUUCUUCAAAGCCCGAGAUAUGAAGGAUCUCUUUACUUUAAAUGAUGAUGAAAAUAGUGGCUCUACCGAAACAUCUAAUAUUUUUGGUCAGUUAUCUGGAGAUGUCAAUAUUGUUGGGGCUCAGAAAGAUAACGAGGAUAAGCAGAAAUCAGUGAAAAUGGCAGUGGCAAAUGCUGAUGAUGCUGCAGUUGAAAGAGGGAAUAAUUCAGAGAUUGGACCAUCCAAAAGGAGUGGUAAAGAAAAAGCUGAUCAUAGUGACGGUGAAGUCGAUGAAGAAACAAAUAUUAUUCGGAGUCUUUUUGACGCUCAUGGAAUUCAUAGUGCCGUGAACCAUGAUGUGAUUAUGAAUGCCCACGAUGAAGAGAAGAUGAGACUCGAGGACCAAGCUUCCCAAGUUGCUCAGAGAGCAGCAGAAGCAUUACGCCAGUCACGAAUGCUUCGAAGCCAGGAAAGCAUAUCUAUCCCAACCUGGACUGGGAGAUCCGGAGCUGCUGGUGCACCCUCCACCAUUCGCCGGAAGUUCGGUGCAACAGUAAAUUCCCAUUUGAUCAAUACCCCUAAACGCUUGGAAGAAUCAUCGAGCAAUGGCGCAAGUGUGCCAAAUGGCUUUGCAGCUGGGGCAUCUGCCGGUAAAGUAUUAUCGUCUGCUGAGUUACUAGCUAGGAUUAGAGGGAACCAAGAAAGAGCAGUUGGUGAUGGGAUCGAACAUCAAUUUGGUUUGGCUUCAAGUUCUGGCAACAGAGAAAGAUCUGUGGAUAAUGAUAAGCAGCAGCCUUCUAGGUCAUCCCGGAAUCUAUCAGGGGUGCAGCCAGAAGUGUUAAUUCGUCAGAUCUGUACGUUCAUACAACAAAGAGGUGGAAGAACAAAUUCUGACGGUAUUGUGGAGCAUUUUAAGAACAGGGUACCUUCGAAGGAUCUGCCCUUAUUUAAGAAUCUUUUGAAAGAAAUUGCCACUUUAGAGAAAGACUCAAAUGGGUCUUUUUGGGUUUUAAAGCCGGAUUAUCAACAAUAAUGAAGUGUUCAACCAUGGAUUCAUUGCAGCAAAAGUGCCGAGUAUUUUGUUGUUACUCUUUUGAUCGUAUCAAAAGAAUUGUUUUGGAGCUGCUGCAGUGUUCUUAACUGAUUAAUUUGUUUUAAAGUGGGUAAAAUUUCCAAGGUGGUUACUUUCUUGGGUUUUUCUGCCUUGCUUUUGCUAUCGCAAUUUUGGUCAGGUCAUAGUACCUUUUAGCUGUACAUAUAUUUACAUGCCCCUUGGGUUUUUUUAAUUUUUUUUUUCUUUUCUUUGGAUAAAAAAAAAAAAAAAA